AUGCGACGGGCUUGGAGAGGUCGUUACAAAAAUUAUUAUCGUUCCCGUGGUAAAAGUAGUUAUAAUAAUUCGUCUAUAGAAAACCAAAGCAUAAACAAUUCUUCAAGUUCUAUACGGAUAUCUCAUAAUAAUUCAGUAGCAUCUUCUAGGGCACCUGCUAAUCAGCUACCCUUAGUAAUACCUGUUAAUACUGGGAACAAUGUAUGGAAGUUAUAUUUUCCAACUGAAGAUCAAUCAAGUAACUCUGAAGCUUUAAGGCAUAUUAGUUGCUUCAAAUCCUUUAUUGUCAAAAAUGAAAGCUUAUUUGACUUGGAGAAAAUUGACCAGUCUCGCAGUGUACCGCUUGAUAUGCAAAUGAUUAUAGAAGACCAAGAUUUCAACACUGGCUGGCCAUCUUUUCCAAAUGAUUUAUUUGAAAAGCCAGAACACACUUUACGGCUUUUGGAGUUCUGUUUGCACGAGCAUUUGAAGUGUGAAUCAAAGAUAAAAGUCAGAAUAUUAAAUCAUCAGCCAGUCAUACCAAUUGCCAAUUUAAAAGUUAACUACUUUGGAAAGUUAGUAACUAUCAAAGGUACAGUUAUCAAAGUGGGCAGUGUGGGGCUAAUUUGUACAUCAAUGGCAUUUGAGUGCUCCAGUUGUCACAAUAUUCAAGCUGUAAUACAACCUCAAGGAAUAUUCACAGUGCCAAAUUUUUGUCAGAGUUGCCAAAGUAGCCACAAGUUUGAACCUCUUCAGUCAUCUCCCUUUACCACUACAACUGAUUGGCAAGUAGCUAAAAUACAAGAAAUUCAAUCACAGAGUGUGUCUGGGACAAUACCGAGAAGUGUUGAAAUAGAACUUCAAGGCGACUUAGUUGGUACUGCGUGCCCCGGUGACGUUCUAUCUGUCACUGGCAUUGUCCAGGUGCGAGGAGAAAGUAAGGGAGGCGAGGACGGUAGAAGAGCCGCACGUUUGUUACAAUUGUAUAUAGAGGCAGUUUCAAUACAUAGUCAAAGAAAUCUCAGUAACCCGACGCUGUCGUUUACUUUAAAAGACUAUUACGCUAUACAGGAAAUUCAUGCCUCCGAUGACGUCUUUCGACUUCUAGUGCAUUCGCUAUGCCCAACGAUAUUUGGACAUGAAGUAGUCAAAGCUGGCCUUAUCCUCGGUUUACUUGGUGGAACUGAAGACGAAGGUGGUACAAGACCAAAUCCACAUAUAUUAAUAGUCGGGGACCCUGGGCUAGGCAAGUCACAGUUAUUACAAGCUGCGGCUCACGCUGCUCCUAGAGGUGUGUACGUGUGCGGCGCGUCGGCGUCGGGCGGCGGGCUGACGGUGGCGCUGGGCCGCGAGGCGGGCGGCGACUUCGCGCUCGAGGCGGGCGCGCUCGUGCUCGCCGACCAGGGCGUCUGCUGCGUCGACGAACUCGACAAGAUGACAGCGCAUCAUAGUAGUCUGUUGGAAGCAAUGGAGCAACGUCGAGUGAGCCUCGCCAAGGGAGGUGUUGUGUGCAGUUUGGCCGCUCGAGCUACCGUGUUAGCUGCUGCCAAUCCCUCUGGUGGUAGUUAUAAUAAAGCUAAGACGGUAGCUGAGAAUUUAAAGCUUAAUUCGGCCUUGUUAUCGAGAUUCGAUUUGGUUUUCAUUCUACUCGAUCAACCAGAUGAGAAAAUCGACGCAAUGUUAUCGGAACAUGUCUUGGCCCUUCACGCUGGCUCAAAAGGAAACAGUUCUACGAAAUCUGCCAAAAUUAACGUUGACAUUAACUCCAGUCAGAGUGAUGAACAUGUAUCGCUAAGCAAGCGACUACGACUGAAACCUGGAGAAGUGAUCGACACUUUACCCUUAGUGUUACUUCGGAAGUACAUCGCUUACGCAAGACGCUACGUACGUCCAAAACUGAGCACGGAAGCCGCGAACACGUUGCAGAACUUUUACAUGGAACUUCGACACAAUCACCAAGGAACGUGCAACGACGGCACUCCAAUAACUACACGACAGCUUGAGGCCAGCAUACGACUCACCCAAGCUCGAGCACGAGCAGAGUUACGCGAGGAGGCGACGGCAAAAGAUGCCAAUGACGUCAUCAGUUUAAUAAAGCAUAGCUUAGUUGAUACUUUUAGUGACGAGUUUGGUAACAUUGAGUUAUCAAGAUCAAUAAAUGGGUCCGGUAUAAGUUCAAGGAGUAAGUUGAAAAAGUUUUUGGACGCACUAACAAGACGUUCUCAUCAACUGGGUAAAGACGUAUUCACAAGACAAGAAAUGAUUCAGAUACAUAAGGCCGCGGGUGUAGCAGGGGAUCCUAACGAAUUGAUUGAAGCUAUGCAUCUACAUUCUUAUCUACUGCUUAAAGGUUCUAAUACAUACCAAUUAAUUGCUAUUUAA